CACAACCUGAACAGCCACUACGAAAUCUCUGCAGCAUGGCAACAGCCGCAGCUGCCCACGCCGGUCAGCAGAUGCUACCUUGGCCGAGAACUCCCUCGUGUCAGUCUGUACACGUACGCCAGCAUGACCUCUUCCGUUUUCAUUGCGGGUGGAUGUUGCGGAGCUGUGACCUAUUCUUGAUACCACUGCCGCCGUGAAGAUAUCUUAUAAGAACUCUCAUCACUCGGUACACUGUGACUCUUCGUACUAUAGCGUCUCUUGCAAUCUUCUAUCGCUUACGACGGUCGUUCCAUUGCCUUUCAAACAUGAGUCUUCUUUCCAAACUUGGUGCCUUCGUUGCAAUUUCUGCACUGGCUCAACCUGCCUUCUCCUCCUCGUGUGGCUCUCGAGGCAUUGAUUUCUCGGACGAAGGCUCCUACUUCAUCAAUCAAGCAUCGUCCGAAAAUUUCACCGCCGUCACUCAAUUUGAUGGAUGCUCCGGAGGCUAUGCAAACAUAUUACUUGUCGAGCCCGAAACCAACGAUACAUACAUAUGUUCACAGAUACCCACCACCCCGGAUGACGUACCGCAGCUGUCGACUUGCCCCAUCCUGAAGAGUGAAAUGGAAUCUGGGCACUGGCUACUUCUCAUUCAAGGAAACAAUGCCGAUAGCGACCCUUUCGACUACCAGCGUGAUAUCUAUCUCACCGUGGGACCACAAGUAACGGCCACCAUCACAAACUCUAUCACUUGGGACAUCACCUCAACUCCCAUAGAAACUAUCACGUCGCCCACGACCGUCUAUAUCACCGAAACUAUCCCUAACACACAAACCAUCACCUCACCAUCUGGAACGGCCAAGCGGACAAAGACGAUCACGCCAAAAGCCACCACCAUAUGGACCACAGGGCUCUACACUAAGACACGCCGUGCCUAUACCGAGGAACUCACUACAGUCACUAAGACCGCAACUGCAACUUGCACCGUUCCACCUAAACCCUCCAUUCGCGACAAGGUUGCUGUUUACACGGUUCAAACCAUCAGCGGUGAAGCUUCCCCGACUGGCGUGCAGGCAGUUGGAAAACGUGACAAACGCGUUGACUCUUCCGUGGCUCGCCGUGUGCUUGGAAAUGCUCACCGUCUUCGUGGCAUGUCUGCAUCUGAGCGUAUCCAAGAGCGGAGACUCCAAGAGCGUGCUCCAGAUUCCGAGACAAUCACUGUCACUAACCCUACGCCUGCCAACUUUACGGUCACGCAUACUGCUCCUGCCUCCACUACGACGGAGGAAGUCCUGGUAACAGAAACCACAGCUACCACCCUUCCGCCAAACACGGUCUACUCUGGCAUCACAAUGGUCACAAUUACCGCGCCCACUCCCACCAAAACUCGCUCCAAGCACGCCUACACCACGGUCUAUACUACCAAGACUUUGCACCAGACAUGGACCUACACUACUACAGUCACCCCAACGGCGUCUGUAUCUGCGUGCAGGAGCAAAGGUGGACACUACAAACAUAAGCCUCGUGUUUAGGUUUGCAACUUCAGUAUGCAGUUGUGGGCACAUUCGGACCUACAGCAAACGCCAGUCAUUGAUUGGCAAGUCUCGUUUGAGCCAUUUUGAGAUGGAAAAUGAUAGCGAUACGAGGAGAGUUUUACGCCACCACCACCACCACCACCACCACUACGAUACGAUUGUUUCCAGCCACAUGCGGAGGUUUUUAUGCAACCGCAAACCAAACACGACCUACUCAUCUAAUCCUUAGAUUCUUGUGCGUUUUCUGACCCCUGUUCAUGAAUAACGAAAUGCAUAAUGCGUUGGGCAAAAUUUCGUUUCCGUUUUCUCUUCUUGCACUCUUUUAUGAUUCCCAUGGCAGCUGGAGAUCCCAGGUUGUUUUUGCGUGCAUACUGCACAUUAGCUAGGCUCAACAAAGCGAUAUUUUACACUGGC